AUGGCUGUACAUGAAAUCUGUGAACGACGUCUUGAACCCAAGGCUUUGAUUGAUGCUCUUCGUUAUCAUCCAGAAAUUUUAUGCAUUAUUAAUCUUGUUAUACUUAUUUAUUCCGUAAUAACGAAAAAUGAAGAUAAUAUUUCAAGCAGAAUCAAAUCAUCGAUACCUUUAUUCGUUUUAACAAUUUAUUAUACAUUUGGACUCUUAGUUGUUUAUAAAUAUUAUCGAAUUGGAGUUCUCGUUUUUGCAUGGAUUGGAGCUCUUUUAUUUGUAGCAGCAUCUCUUUUUAUCGGCUGGAUCUUCUUCGUUAUUAUGAUACUCAUUGCACAUUACAAUAGAAUGAGCAUUGUGUUUGAAUUUCUCUUGAAAUUUGGACUUACAUUUGGUCUUUUUGCUGGUAUUGUGAUUCUAACUCUUAAACUGGCUUUCAAUUUGGCAAAAUCAAUUAAAAUGAUUGGAUAUACAAAUGUUUAA